AUGUCACAAAUACCAGCCCGAAAACUGCCUGUGCUGGCAUUUCCCGAGAAUUUGCCAGAAUCAGCGCUGAUUCCACCCAAGCCAAGGACCCUGAUCUACCUGAUACGAUUGCUAUACUCUACUGGUGCUUUGCUAACGGCGUUUUAUGCACUUGCAAUUUUCGUGCUCAAGCCUUGUUUGGAGAGACAACAUUCGCUGAGACAUGAAUAUUUGACCUAUUUGUGCGGAGGACUGAGAGGAAUGGUGAGUGCCAUUUCGAGUCGGCUGGACUUUGUGCCGAACAUCGCCGUUAAGUAUGGAGAUAGGAUAUAUUCGGAUGCUUAUUGUCAAACAGAAAUUAAUGGUGAUGGCACAAUACUGAAGUUGGGACAAAAAGCAGACGAACAGUUACAAGAGAACAAAGCUUCAGAAGAGGAGAACGGAGAGCACGAAGACCAAGAACUGGAGCAACACGAAACGGACCAUGGUUCCCUAAUCACAAGGCCGAUGGGAACGGUCCGUUUUGCCGAUGAAGAGGAAGUGAGAGAGGCUGAAGCAACAGAAAAACUAAAGAAAAAAGCCCAUGUUUCAAGCAGUUUGAACAACCUCAAGAACUGUCUCGAUUCCCUAACAGUGACUGCGUACAAACGUGGCGAUUCACCAAUGUCGAUGAUAAAUCAUCGCGCAAAUAUCAGUGAAAUGCAGCCUCUUCUGUUCCAGGUAAAGCAGUUCCAGAACUACUUGGAUAUCAUGAAUAGGGAUCAUCCUCGUGAUAUGUUCUUCAAGAGGAACUACAUGUUGGGGGGAAACACCGGGAAGAAAACGAAUAACAUGAUCGACGAUAUACAGAAUCAAGUGAGGGAGCUGAUGGAGUUGACAAAGAAGUUGUGA